AUGCGUACCUUCUUGAAUCUCGCCGUAGUCGUGGCAACACUGACAGCUGUACAAGGAAAAUUGAUCACCUUCGUCCAAAGGCCAAUGAACAUGUCUGUGGAGCCAACGACUCCCUUCAACGCUACGAACCCUCCAGUGCAAUGUGAAUUGCUGAUCGAUGACUUCCGUUCCGGAAACGGUUCUCGACCAUUAACAGGCCCUGCUGGUGCAGAUCGUAUAUACGAUCUCCUAGGUGGUGAUUAUGGAGGCGUUGGACUUGCCGGCACUCCUCCAAUCAUUAUCAACAACGGAACAGGAAAAAUCGUUCCGUUACCCGUCCCGGUUCAAUAUUUCUUUGCCAAGUUUGAUCCUUUUGCUUGUUUCAACUCGACAGCAUACACACACGUGUCUAUGGACUUUAUCUUCCCCAACAACUCUGACUUCCAAAUCGCCUUUACACAAAAGGCUCCCAACUGUGUUGAUCGAUUACUCGACUCGAGUUAUCACAACCUGACGAGCUUUAUCACGCCUAAUGGAACCCAGCAACACGUAAACAUCCCGUUCUCAGCAUUCAACACUAACGUUAACGGAACUGCAUACGACUGGACCCAUAUAAAGGACUUGACGUUCCUCAACUUUUACCCAGCUAAUGUAACAUAUACCUUUACCCGUAUGUCUUUAAUCAACUUGAAUGACCCCGUCUGUGCUAAAAACUUGACUGGAUUAUCAACCAAUGGGACUAAUACUACGACAACAAAUACGACCAAUACUGCAAACUCGACCACCGCUGCAGCGAAAUCAGGAGCUGGACAUCUGAUUGCUAAUGCUGGUGGUAUGGGAGUGUUUAUGCUUGCUAUGUUUAACUUGAUUGCUUAA